GGAUUCCUCCGCUGGCAGAGGCUCAAAAUAUCGUCCAGUGACCAAAGUGUCACAUCCAUCACCGUCCAGCCAUGCUUCUUUCCAGAGCCUUCAAAGCGAAAGUCUUCAGAUACGGGCCUUUCCUUCCUCUGGCGCGUCAGAAGGUGGCGCAGCUUGCACCGCAGAUCCGCUGCUUCGCGGCGACAGCGCCGGGCGCAGAGAAGAUUUCAAAGGAGCGACCCGAUUCCAUUGUGGAUGAGGAAAUGCGAGCCGCUAAGCCGCGAUAUCCCAUCAUUUUCAUGACCGUGGCCUUGGUGGGAAUGAUGUUUGGCUGGGCCCCAUUUCUAUUUGGUGGAGUCAUUCUCGGUUCGGUUGCAGAGCAAUCAACCACGCAGGCGAAAGCGGUCGGCGGCCAAAGCGAGCGUGGUGAUGAAGUUCGGGAGAAGAUGAAGCGUGAUUUUGCGGAGCAACGGGCCAAAGAGAAAGAGGCGAAAAUGGCCAAAGAAUGAGGUCUUCCAAAAGCUUUGCAGUGGAGGUUCUGCAUACCCCUGAGGCCCCUGGCUGUUCGACCACGUUUAAUUGAGUGAAAGGUCAGAAAAGGUGCACACGACUUUGAUUUGUGGACAAUUUUUAGGUCAUUUGUCGAGCAAAGAUUCGAUUCAAACCAUUGGCUUCGGUGGAAAAGCA